AUGUUAACAUUAUUGGAAGACCCAAAUGAUAUUUCCAAGACGAGACCACUAUCAUCAUCAAACGACAUUUAUCCUGAUGCUUCCCCUUCAACAUCAGGACAAGCUUUGCUAGAUUCAACAUUAAUGCAUGAAGACCUUAAAAAUUAUGUUGGAUCUUUGCAAGAAUACUGUGUAGAAAAUAAAUUAACGCAGGCAGAGUAUCAAAUUACUGAUAUAACUGGCCUAGCACACGAACAAGUGUUUACCAUGUCCUGUACAGUAGGGUCAAUAACUGAAGAAGCAACGGGAACUACAAAAAAGCAAGUCAAACAAAGAGUAGCAAAAAAGAUAUUAGAACGUCUCACAAAUACUAAUGAUCCGUCAGUUGCAAACAAAGAUGAAUGCGGAUCUUAUAAUCCUUUUGAAGACUGUGACAAGUUGUCUGACAUAGACAAUGAUGUUCUUGACAAGUUAAGUUUAAAAAUAGAUAAUUGUAAACUAAACGAAACCAAAUCUCAAGCAAAUAAGAAAAAAAAAUAUCUAGAUGCAAAGGUCAAGAGUUACCUAGGACGAAUAUUUCAAAAUGAAGUUAUUGAUUUCGAAAAUUAUCAUUCGUUCUUCAAACAGUACGUUUACAAUACUGUUUGCAAUGGUAGCGAGGAAAAAUUCAUGGAAAUAUUUAAUACUGUCAAGAGCUUUAAGACGAAUUUUACAGAUAUAGAGAAAUGUGACAUCGUAACUUUAACUUCUCUGGAACAGGAGAUUUUAACAUAUAUUCAAGAGAAAAUGAAAUUAUCCAUAGAAAGAAAGAUUAUUGGUUCCAAUGAUCCAUCGCUACAGUUAACUGUUUUUAGAAUAAAUGCUCCUAUACCUAUAACUCAAAUUGGAGCACAUAAAGAUUCUAUGGUUUCAGGAGCAAUAGCUCUAGCUAAUAUUCUUGACACGAUUAUAACAUUCUUGGAGUAAAUGUAAAUGUCCAAUUU